ACGAGACAGGCAACCAAGAUUACCUCUUUUUGCCCUCUCUCUCACCCACCCCCAAAAGAGAAGAUCCCCUCCUCUGGCCCACCCCUUCCCCUCUUCCCUCCCCCCUCCCCCCGAACUUUCCCUCUCGCAUGCUUUUCCCCUGCACCACGGAUCGCCUCUCGGAUGCCGCUUGCCUGGAAGCUGCGUUAGGAGAGAGUGGCGGCGGUGGCGGCGGUGGCGGCGGCGGCAGCUCGGGAGUGCUAUGACCGGCAAACUCGCCGAGAAGCUGCCGGUGACCAUGAGCAGUUUGCUAAACCAAUUGCCUGACAAUCUGUACCCCGAGGAGAUCCCCAGCGCGCUCAACCUCUUCUCCGGCAGCAGCGAUUCGGUGGCCCAUUACAAUCAGAUGGCUACAGAGAAUGUGAUGGACAUCGGUCUGACCAACGAGAAGCCCAACCCGGAACUCUCUUAUUCGGGCUCCUUCCAGCCAGCCCCCGGCAACAAGACCGUGACCUACUUGGGAAAGUUCGCCUUCGACUCCCCUUCUAACUGGUGCCAGGACAACAUCAUUAGCCUCAUGAGCGCUGGCAUCUUGGGGGUGCCCCCGGCCUCAGGGGCACUCAGCACUCAGACCUCUACGGCCAGCAUGGUGCAGCCACCUCAGGGCGACGUGGAGGCCAUGUAUCCGGCGCUGCCCCCCUAUUCUAACUGCAGUGAUCUCUACUCGGAGCCUGUGUCUUUCCACGACCCCCAGGGUAACCCUGGGCUCGCCUAUUCCCCCCAGGAUUAUCAAUCGGCCAAGCCGGCCUUGGACAGCAAUCUCUUCCCCAUGAUUCCUGACUACAACCUAUACCACCACCCCAACGAUAUGGGUUCUAUUCCGGAGCACAAGCCCUUCCAGGGCAUGGACCCAAUCCGAGUCAACCCGCCCCCUAUAACUCCCCUGGAAACUAUCAAGGCAUUCAAAGACAAGCAGAUCCACCCAAGCUUCAGCAGCCUGCCUCAGCCGCCGCUCACACUCAAGCCCAUCCGGCCCCGCAAGUACCCCAACCGACCCAGCAAGACCCCGCUCCACGAGCGGCCCCACGCGUGCCCGGCGGAGGGCUGCGACCGCCGUUUCAGCCGCUCCGACGAGCUGACGCGGCACCUGCGCAUCCACACGGGCCACAAGCCCUUCCAGUGCCGGAUCUGCAUGCGGAGCUUCAGCCGCAGCGACCACCUUACCACUCACAUCCGCACGCAUACGGGAGAGAAGCCCUUUGCCUGCGAGUUCUGCGGGCGCAAGUUUGCACGCAGCGACGAGCGCAAGCGCCAUGCCAAGAUCCACCUCAAGCAAAAGGAGAAGAAGACGGAGAAGGGGGGUGCGCCUUCUGCGUCCUCAGCCCCCCCUGUGUCUCUGGCCCCUGUGGUCACCACCUGUGCCUGAGGUUCGGGGCCCCCAGAUGCCCACAUUUCCCCUCCAGUGUCUCCCUGCUGCUAGCCUGAAAGCAGCAGGAAAGCUAGUCACCAAGGCGCAGGGGCCGCCCCUGCCCUCUCCAUGGACGUAAGGUCCCUUGUCUCUCUUCGAUGUCCCCCGUUUUCACCCUUUCACACCGGCCAACAGUCGGGGGCCAAGGCAGGAGGCGCCUUCUUCUCGCUGUUCCCCCACCCCCUUUAGUCAAGGCGUAGGGGGGAAAGGUGGCGCCUAGCCCGCUCUGUUCAGUUUGGAUCGUCUUGAUCCAGGGGCCGCUGGGCCAAGCCAAGGACCUGCGGGAGACUGACGGAGGGGCUCACCCGAGCCUCGCCUCACCCAAGCACCUCACUGGUCCCCCGCACGUCUCCCUCGGUUCCCCCUCGAAGAUCUGAGAGGGGUGAGGGUAAGGAGCGCACC